AUGCGCCGUGUAUUUUCAAGCACGCUGCGUGGUUGCCACUAUCGAUGGCUUACUCUCCGACCACAGUCCACCGUGAAUCCGGUGCGGUAUCCUCUCGGUUAUGUUCCUGUGGACGGAAGUGAAUCGAUUGACUCGGUGUAUGCGCUCCUGAAGCAAGGUCACUUUGUGGCACCGCUGAAUCGAAUCGAGAUGAUUCACAAGGUAAGCGUGGGAACACGAGCCUUGUGUAGAUCGGAGUACCCCGUUGUCUCGGCUCAAGAUGUGCUGACGUUGCACCUGCGGGAGAAAGAGAUCCUCGGUCGUGUUCUCAUUCGGCGCGAUUUUUGGACGCUCGAUGACUUCAACGACGCCGAGCUGAAUCAGAGCUUUGGUGUGCAGAAUCUGUACUUUGAUAACUACAAGUGGUCCCAAGUUCUGUGGCGGCGCUUUCAGGCAUAUGUGGAGGAGUAUUUUCCCGUAUCAGAGCACACGCACCUGCUUUACAGCGAGUACGUGCAGCUCGUGCGCAGUUUCUCCUCGUUUGAGCAGGGGACCUUGGUAAAGCCGGCGCUGCCAAAGUCUGUUCGGCUGCACUUACCCUAUGGUGCGCUGCUGCCUAGCAAAUUCACCCAGGAGCCGAUUUUGCUGCUCAAAAACUGGCUUCAUAAUUUCCGUGGUCCCCUCAUGUUGCACAAGGCCCUUGUUCUGAAUGCGUGCUCAGGUGUUCUGGCGUUUGCCACAAAGGUUUGUCAUGUGCCAAUGGUGCGCGGAGUGGACUCUCGCCCUCGAUUCAUUGAGGCGUGUCGGAAGAACGCCGCUCGCUCACCAAAACUGGCGAAUGUCAGCUUUCAGGUGGCGGAGAUGUUCCCGGAAGUCCCGGACGAGAUGAAGGAUGGGCCCCGAAAGGGGAAAUACGACCUUGUAAUUUUUUACCCGGAUGAGGAGAUUGUGUCUGCGCUAUGGGAUGGUGAGAACGACGCCUUUGCGCCAACCGCACAGGGCUAUGCUGGGAAACUGGAGGAGUUUUUCGAGAAGGUGACCCCACAUCUUACGGAGAACGGUGUGAUUGCGGUGUGUUGUACGAAUAUUCACGCACUGUUGUUUCCGGACUACCCACACCCCGUCGAGUAUGAGGUGAAGAUCAAUCGGCGAUUUGUCAUCCUGGAUUAUUAUGACGCCCCAGCACGGUUCUCUGGCAAUAUUCGCACAAAGUAUUUGGAGCCGGCGAUUGAAUGUCAUCCCGAGUUGAAGAAGAAACUGCGCUCCGAGCUGUGGAUUUUGCACAAGACGGAGUCGAUUGGUCACUUUGGGUUCAUUCACGGCAUCCCUGGCGCCAAGCCACCGAGUAUGGAAAAGUGGCGGACGAAGAAUAUGGGAUUGGAGCGGCAGAAAGCGUUGAAGGAGCACGUGCGCUUGAUGGGCGGUGACUGGGGAAACUACAAGAGUCGCCUUAUCAGGAUGCUUCAGGAGCAGACAGAUGAGCCGGAAGACGAUGUAGCAGAGGCCGUUCGAAUGACUCUGGACCCAACGUAUCCGGCCAUUCUGGCGGAGCGCGCACGCAAGGCGGUGGAGGUGCGAGAGAAGGAAAGAGAGGAAUUUCACCGCUCUGUAGUCGUCGAGUACGGCGACCGCUCUCCGAGGGAGACGUUUCGGAGGAGAAACGUCUCAUCGUGA